AUGAGUUAUUACGAUGGCGAUGGCGACUAUAUCAUAUAUGAAGAUGCGAACGGUAGCCAUGAAAGUGAUGAUGUUGAAUCUGGCGAAUAUUCUUAUCCAGAGGAUGAAGAUGAUUUAGAGUUUGUCCAUCACGAUGAUGAUGAUGAUGAAGACGAAGACGGGGAAGAAGAUGGAUCGCAAGGAGAGCAGUUGGACGAAGAUCAAGAUGAAGAUCAAGACGAUGAGGAAGUAGAAGGUGAGAUAGGGAAUGUUUAUCAUGAAAGCCGUUCUGGGGACCGUGCGGACAGGAUUUCGUUUCUACAAGAUAUUGUUUCUCGUCUAGCGGAUCAAAGAUCUGGUGAAAGUGGGGAUGGUGAUGUUGCUGAAGGCGAGGAAGCUGAUUCGGAGCGUGCAUUUGGACGUUCAUUGCCAGAUCUGUUGCAAGAACUAGGAAGGUCUGAAGGGUUUUUCGGUGUUAGCAGAGGAAAUUCUCGGUAUUUGAAAUUGAUUGAGAAUGUGCUUCAAGCUGAAGACGAUCCGUAUAUUGCUAUGGAAUCUCUCCGGGAAUUAUCUGAACAGCUAUUGAUGUUAAACCCUUUGAUCGCUGAUCGAAUCAUCCCAUCUGGCAAGUUAAUGGACGCUUUGAUCCAUGUAUUGUCUAGCCCAUUAUUACAAGCAGAGUUGGAGUUACAAUUAAUUGCUUGUAGGUGUCUCUAUAACUACUAUGAGAUGAACCCAGAAAUGAUAGAGGUUUCGGUUAAUAGAGAUAUUAUUGAGAUAUUGAGAGGGAAAUUGAAUGAGAUAAGCUAUAUCGAUUUGGCAGAACAAGUUUUGGAGUGUUUAGAGUUCAUUUCAAGGGUACAUGGAUCUAAGAUUUUAAGAAGCGGUACCCUUCUCUCUUGUUUGCAAUAUUUGGAUUUCUUUACCGUCCAUGCGCAGAAAAAAUCAUUAUCUAUCGUUGCGAACUCAUGUGCUAGGGCUAAGGAAAGUGACUUCGAGGUGGUAUCAGAGAUUUUCCCCAUCUUGAAAUCUAUCUUCCUAAAUAGUACAAAUCCAGUAAUUUUGAAGCCAGUUCUCAUAACACUUUACAGCAUUUCAGGAUCUUUGAACAAGAAAUCAUUAUCUAAACUCUUUGACUUCGAGUUGGUUAAAAGGUUAUUGUCGUUGUUAUCUUCUUCAGAGAUUGAACGUGAAUCUGUUUUGAAAGUCUUGGAUAUUUCAUCACUCUUGGUCUCCACCAAUGUUGAAUUGUCAAAACAAAUCCUAUUGGAUUGUGAGUUGAACAAAGUUAUUCAAAACGUUUUCCAGUCUUAUAAGAAAUCAGCAUCUUCCACCUUCAGUGAAACUUUGAUUUAUGUUCCUAAAGAGCUUUUGUUGUCGGUAACAACUUUCCUCUUACUUUUGCUCCCAACUGAAGAUUCUCAAAUCUUGACAGCCGAUGAGGUCAAAGUUUUCACAUUUGACGGAAAUGAGGAUAAAUUCCUUGAACUAGUCAAUGAGUUGAUUCCUUGUUUGGUGGAAAUAUAUUCCAAUACAGUGGAUACUAAGAUUAGAUAUACAGUUCUUGUUGCAUUGGCUAGGGUGUUCACGUCUAUACCUCAUGGCUACGAUAUUCCUAGUUCGUCCGUUAUUAACAUAAUAUCCUCUGGUCUCAUCAAUGGUUCAAAUGCGCAACAAGAUCAUAUGAAGACUGAGACCAGUGCAGUACUAGUAGCACUGCUUUCGUUAAUUUCUAUCAUGAUGUCUAAUAAUCCGGAUUUGUAUCUACCGAAACUAAGAAAAGAAGGUAUACCAGAUGCUUUAACCUCUUUGAAUUCUCACUACAGUUAUGAGCUCAGCAAGAAAGAUAGUAUUGAUAAACAGGAAUCGUCAUCAGAUGAAGCCGAGAAGUCAGGAUAUCAUAUACGUCCGGAAAACUCUGAUUCUCAUCCUGUUUUUGGAUCUGAUUCUGACAUUGAAGAUGAAGAUGAUGAUGAAGAAAAAGACAGUUACAGGAUGGAGUACGACGACAUGAACAUACCUGAAUUUGUCAAACCGAGAAAAAUCCGCAUUAAUAUCUACGAUCAUUUGACUCCUUAUUACCUAAUAAAACAUGUUUCCAUGUUUAGUGCUACACUACUAGAGUUGUUUUCAUCUAACCAAGAAGAAGUCUCCAGCGAGCUUUCUGAAAUUAAUGCUGUUGUCACUAAGAUGAAGGAACUGGAUGUUCAAUCUGAUUCCGAACAAUAUUGGAUGGAUUUCUGGACUGCUGUAAAAUCCUCAUUAUUUGAUGAUAUGUCCAACAUAUCUGGCUUCGAGCUCAUUUCCACUGGUCUCAUUGAUUCUAUGGCUAAUAUCUUUGAAACUGAUUCAACGAAACAAUCAUUCUCCAAGAGGACUUUUCUGAAAGUGUUCGAGGAAAAAUUGCCUGAAUUUGUGAAGCUACUACAAAAUGCAUUGUCUAGGACGGAAACCUUUGCCAUCCUAGAUGCUGGUGCCAGUAGCAACGAUUCUCCAAGUGCCUCGUUAAUCAAACAGAUGAAAAUAAGAUUAGUUCAUGAGCCGGCCGAUGAUGAAGUGGGAAAAGAUACUGUUCCAGAAACUCUUCAAGAUGUUGUAAUUGCCGUGCAUUGCGUUGCAUCUUUGAAAACACUUGAUGAAUUCUUGAAACACAAGAUUGUGCAAUCGGAAUUUUUGACUUCUAUCAUUCCGAGCAUGAGUCGUGCUAAUCAACAAGCCAACCCUACAAAUGUUGCCAAAGAACUUGAAAACAUACAAUUUGACUUUUCGUUGAAUGACCAUCUUUUAGAUCAAUCGUCAACUAUUUACUCUAUUAUAUUCAAAGAGGCGAUGAAAGAAGGGUUACCCACAACGAGUAUCUGGACUAACGUACCUACUUUUAAGUUCAAGAAAUCAGUAAAAAGAAGGGAGUCACAUCAAUUGCAUGUGCUUUACCCCGAUACAGCUUUUGAAGGGGCGGAUUUGAAGCCUGUCAAUGGUAUUUUGACAGUUCUACAAUGUUGCCAACAUAAAUCACUCCCAGCAUCUAUUUAUGUGAAUCCAAAGAUUAGUGCUAAGCUUUCCCGUCAACUUGAAGAGCCACUUAUUGUGGCAUGUGGGGUCUUACCAAGUUGGGUCCUCGAUAUCACGAGAAAAUAUGGAUUUUUGUUUCCAUUUGAAACUAGAAUGAACUUCUUACAGAAUACAUCAUAUGGAUAUGGCAGAUUGAUCCAAUACUGGAGGGAAAAGCUGGCAGAUCAGCACCAUAGUAACCCUACUGAAAAUCCAUUGCAUCAAUUAGGCAGGUUGACUAGACACAAGUUGAGGGUUUCAAGAGACUCACUAUUUUUGUCCGGCAUCAAAAUUCUAAAAAAGUAUGGUUCUUCGCCAAACGUAUUGGAGAUCGAAUACAAAGAUGAAGAAGGUACAGGGUUAGGACCCACUCUCGAAUUUUACUCUUUGAUGUCGAAAGAAUUUGCAAGGAAGUCUCUAAAAAUGUGGAAGACCAAUAGUGAUACCAGUGAUGAUGAGGAGGAGUAUGUGACAGGUGCAUUGUUCCCUGGACCAUUAUUGGGCACCACCGAGGAGAAUAACGAAAAGACUUUGAAAUUAUUCGAAAACUUGGGGACCUUAGUCGCUAGGUCAAUGUUAGAUAAUAGGAUUCUCGAUUUUAGAUUUAACGCUGUUUUCUUCGAGUUGAUGCACAAAUGCUGCAAGAAUGAUCGACUUGACCUAGAAGACUUCGAAACUUGUAUCCACCUCGUAGGACAGUUUGAUGUUCAACUAGGAAAAUCACUCGCAUUUUUGUAUGAUAAUCGUCAUGAUGACUCUAUCAAAAACCUUGACCUAUAUUUCAUGCUGCCUGGUUAUGAUAUAGAAUUGUUGGAAGGUGGUUCGAAAAUCUUAGUUGAAUCUUUCAACGUGGAAGAGUACUUGAUUCGUGUCUUUGACCAAUUUUUGGGCAAAGGCGUAGAUAUGCAGCUCGCUGCCUUCAGGAACGGAUUUUCGAAAUCAUUCCCUUAUUCAUCAUUGCUAAUCUUAACUCCGACAGAACUAUCCGAUUUGUUUGGUGCAGUUGCUGAAGAUUGGUCUGUGCAAACGCUAUACUCAUCCAUUCAUGCAGACCAUGGCUACUCGAUGGAUUCUCCAAUCAUAACAGACCUCAUAGAUAUUUUGUCGAAUUUUUCGACACAACAGAAACGUUUGUUCUUACAAUUCAUCACUGGCUCUCCGAAACUACCUCUUGGCGGUUUCAAAAACUUAAAACCCAAAUUCACAGUAGUCCUGAAGCACCCAGAUGGGAACAUCUCGGCAGACCAUUGCCUACCUAGCGUUAUGACAUGCGCCAAUUACUUGAAACUACCAAAAUACUCUGAUAAACUGGUACUCAAAGAUCGUAUUGCACAAGCAAUGACUGAAGGUUCCGGAGCCUUCCUAUUGUCAUAG